GACCCAUCCAUAUCUCAUCUCUGUCCACAUGUCGCCUCCAGUCAUCGACGUUAGUCCUCUCUGCACCACCAAAGACCCUUCAAAUCCAUCCGUUCAGGCCGUCGCACAACAGCUGAGAGAUGCGUUCUCUAGCUGGGGUUUGAUCCAAAUCACAGGCCAUCAAAUUCCGUCUUCCUUGCAACAAGAUAUCCAUAUCCUGCGCUGCUCGAAAACUUUCUUUGACCUCCCCGAACAAAAGAAAUUGGCGAUAGAUGUUCGUACUGGAGGUCCUGCUUGGCGCGGCUAUAUGCCUUUUUCUGGCGAGAGCACCCAUGGAGUAGUGGAUCGCAAAGAAGGCGUGUAUUUCGGUCCAGAACAUCCUGCGACUCAUGAACUGAAUGGAAUGCCCCUACAUGGAGUCAACCAAUUCCCCCCAGAUGCCGAUGUUCCUGGAAUGCGCGACGCAGUUCUCAAAUAUAUUGAACUGAUUACCGAGCUAGGCAAGACUCUGACCAUGGGUUUGUCCAUGGCGCUAGCGCUCGAUCCAAGAUAUAUGAAUGCGCAUCUACUCGAGCCGGAACCAGUGGCUCUGUUCAGAUUCUUCAUGUACCCACCCAAUGAAAUCGGAGCCUCAGGUGGUAGUGGCAUUGGAGAACACUCGGACUUUGGCUACCUCACCAUACUCGCUCAAGAUUCCCCCGGGCUUCAAGUUAAGUCUCCCUCCGGCGAUUGGGUCGAUGUCCCCGUAAUCCAAGACGCUCUCAUCGUCAACGUCGGCGACAUGUUUGACAUGCUUACCGGCGGUCGUUUUGUCUCUCCAAGGCACCGCGCUCUUUCUCCACCUUUUGGGGGCCCCCACGUUACUCGUUUCCUUUCUUCUUCGACUUUUCUUGGAGUGCUGCCAUGAAACCGCUUCCCAUUCCAGAAGAUCAGUAUCCACUCACAGAGGCGAAGAAGGAAGGAGCGAAGGCGAGGUGGGCGCAGACGACAUUCACGAAUGUCGAAGGACAUUGGUGGCAGUAUCUGGCGAAGAAAGUUAAGAAGGUGUUUUUAACCCUCCCUUUGAGGCGUGUUCUUUUUAUACUGAUCGGGUCCUUGGGUUUGCCGGUAGGUUUUCCCUGACUUGAACCUUCCAGACUUUGAAGCGAACUCGAGUAUUUCGACGAGGUUUAAUGCGGUCGUACCUGUGCCUGUCGGGGCUUCCUAAGCUCUUUUUCUUGUCUGGUUUUG